AAAAAAACAAUCUUCUCUGAAUUCGCAAAAAAAUGAUCUUCGAGGUGGAUCCGUUUGGUUUCAAUAAUUGGACAAGUGUUUUUCUUCAUCUGUUUAAUGGGAUAUUUUCUGACACUUGCGGACAAGAUAGAGUAGUUCUUGGAGAUUGGUUUCAUGAUCAUGGAGCUCCAGACCUACUCCUUCAACCCUUCCCAGAGUAUGUUGGUCCUGUAGAUGAGAACCCGUAUGAGAAUCCAAAUUAUCCUCCUGUAGAUCCUAAUCCAACUACUGUGUGUGGAGUAAGAUGGUCGGAUGAGAAGAAUGAUGCAGGCCUGAACAAAUAUUGGUUAAGGAACUUCAACAAUGAAAGUUUUGCAGAGGCGUCAAACUUUUCUGUCACACACAAGGGACACUGUGGUUCCUGUUCGUAUCUUCAAGACUUAGGUGUUUAUAUUAGACAGAAUUUGACCGAAUCUACAAGAGAGUGCGGCAUUCUGGGUUCUCUGUCACACGCACUCAUGCAUGACUGCUUGCUCAAACUGGGAUUUUCUGAGCCCUGUGUUACAAUAUGGGAGUGGAACAUCAUCAACACAAAGAAGGAAUGCUUCUCGACUUGUGUUUGGAGUUAUAUCACAAAUGAGCCUUUCAACAAGACGUAA